CCUUUCCUCCCUACCUCCCCUGUCUGUAAAUCGUGCCGCGCUGCAGCCCAACAUGUCCAAACCUCCUGAGCAGGACCCAGCAAUGAACAUCACACAGAACAUGUGGAACUGCACGCAUCUGCCACAGAUGAUCGAGUUCAUGAGGAACACGACGGAGAAAGAUCAUUGCUUCAUGCGAGCGUUUCUUGCUCCACUCUGCUGGGCCACUGUCCUUCAGAACAGCUCCCACUUCAGCCCGGAUCAGCUGGGGAACUUGCUGUGGGCAGCCAAACCUUUCCUGGAGGCCGCACCCCCUACCCCACUGAGCCUGCCGUCUAGACUGCAGAGAGCUCACCUAGUGGAAAUGAUGAAGCUGUUCAGUGAGGUGUUUAGCUCCCUCUCCGAGGAAAACCGGGAUGAGAUCAAGCGGUGGAUGAAAGAAAGGGUGACCGAAAAUGAACCCCUCUGUCAUCCAGUUCAGAACAUCUCCAGCACCCUCCCUCCGACCCCCCCGAAACCUUCUGCAAUGACCAAACUUGAACCAGCAACAGACAACCAAGGCCUCCAGACUGGCCCGACGAAUUGGGUGACGAGUGGUGAUAAAGCUCUGAAGAGAGCACGCCGAGGUUUAGCAGCUAGACAGGGAUUAGGGCAGGGGAAUUUGAAAGUAACACAGCCGUCAAAGAUAGUGGAGAAUCCAGUAAAAGCAGAAAUCCCAGCAAACCCGCAGAAUCCUGAUAAACUGUCAGAGGUACCAGUAAACCAGCAGAAUCCCAAUAAACCAGCAGAAACCCCAGGAAGCCAGCAGAAUCCCAGUACACUGGCAGAACUCCCAGUGAACCAGAUGAAAAACCCAGGUGCUAGCAAUGAUACUUUACCACAGACUCCUGGGAAUAGUGAUAAGACAGAAAAGGAGCUGAGCAAGGUAGAAGAAGUUACAGAGCAAGGGGACAAGAAAGAAACGGUCGGUCAAAACCCAGGGAAACAAGAUGACAGUGGAAAACAGAUAGAUGUUGGGAACGGGAAUGGGAAAAAUGAAAGCAAAGAGCAUAUGGUGCCCGAAGAGCCGAGCACAGCAAAGGAGGAAAAAGAGACAGGAAAAGAUGGGCAGAAGCAGCAGAGCGAAGGCAGUGCGGAUGAUGGAGGAAAAAACAAGUCCAACUCAUCUCCUGCUGGAUGUCCCAGAAUGCCUUGGUUGAAGGCUGAGGCCCUCAGGAUGAUGGGGCGAUUCUUUUCCCGGCUGCCUGAAGUGGAAGUGAAGGCUAUCCCUACGGAAGAGCUUUGUAAGUUCUUUGUGACUCCUGAAUUCCCAUCUUCGUUCGCCAAAGUGGAUGGGAUGCAGCCGGCGAUUAGUCGGAUGCUCUUUCAACGACUCAAGCAAGAAUGUUCCAACAGCAGCCAGAACUUCCUGACCCAUGUUGACAGGCUCGGCUCUCUCGUCUGUUUCUUUGAUGAUGCUCGAUCUCUCAAUGCCACACUGAGUAAGAAGCUGCUGUCCCAGAUGGCAGACUGCGAGAAUGCUGGGAUUGACCAGAUAAGACGAGACUUAAUGAGGAAGGUGAUGUCGAACGGUGACGUUCCCCCCACCCUUGAGCUCUUGCGGACUCUGGGUUCCAGUGUGUCCAUCCUGCCUCCCUCCAAACUGUCCGACUUCAGCGCUGAUACUCUGAAGGAUGGCCUGGCCAGUCUGAGCCAGGUCAAAUGGAAGCCAGUUCAGGCCAGAAUUUUGGCCCAAAAACUCCUGGAGAAGGUGAAGAACGUCACUGGUGAAAGUCUCUUAUCUCUGGGCUCCAUGGUGAGAGGAGUGGACAGCGAAAUACUGAGGAAGGUUAAACUGCAGGGACUGCUGGGAAAUGAAGCCUUGAAGAACAUGACUGAGAAGAUGUCGUCUUUGCAGAAAAAGGCUCUGCUAGAGGGGUUGCGCUCCAGUUUGAAUGAAUCUGAUUUGGUGAAGAAGGUGCCAGAUCCUCUCCUCCCCUCACUUUCUCUCUUCUUUCUGGAGAAAGCAGGAAUUAGCUCUGUGGACCAGCUGGAGGGUCGCAGCUGGUCCCGUACACAGUCUGUUUACCUUGUAAAGAAGAUUUUGGGUCAGGGGAUCAAACCUGAGCAAAUAAGGAGGCUGGGCCAGGCUGUCCAGGGUGUAACCUGCAGCAUGAUUGACAGCGUCAAUCAAAGUGAUACCUUGACAACAGUGCAAACACUGGCCAAUUCUUCUAACUGGCUGUCUAGGACGCAGGUUCGCUGCAUUGCUCAAAAACUCUUCCUCAGUCUAGAGAAGCUGAGGCCCGGCUAUUUCGUGAACAUCACCGGCUCAGAGCUCCAGGCCAUCCCUGCUCUGCUGCUGAUCCAUCUACCAAUAAAGGCGAUUCAAGGUCUCCCGGCCACAGUGUGUCCUCGUUUCCUAGAGAAGAUGAGUCAAGCCAACCUGACGUCCCUACCGAACAGUGCACCGUCACGCUGGGAGCUCAGAGACAGAGCUCUCCGCUGCCUGGGGAAGAACGCGUCUGAUUUGUCCAGCGCUGAAGUCUUGUCUCUGGGUCCUCUGGUGUGUGAGCUGGAUCCUGCAUGGAUGUCGUCUCUGAACCCUGCAGCUCUGAAUGCCACUCUGCAGGCCCUGGCCUCCUGUGAACACAUUCCCCGCCUCUACAGAGCUCCUCUGUUCACGCUCAUCACACGUGUUUAUGGGGCCCCAUCCAUUUGGACAGAAGAUGUCAUGAAAUUAAUGGGACCCCUCCUCUUACUAAAUGAUACUUCGCUUGAGGUGAUGCCUUUCAAGAGCUGGCUGAAGUCGUCUCUGUCCGAUCUGCUGGGCAGCUUGCAGCCUCAAACCGCCGCCCCGCAUCCAGAGGAGUUCCGCUCAUGGCCUGAUCUGCUGGCUCUGCGCCGCAAACUUUUCCAGCUCAAAACAAACCCCAUCCUGCAGCGCCGCAGGAGAGAGAGUGAGUUUACAGAACCACAGAUACGACAAGAAAAAAUCAAUUUAUUUAAAUACAAAACUGCUCUUGAAAAGCAUCAGAACAGUGUUUCUCCAUCAGUGGUGCCUUCUGUGUCAGUCAUGGAGGAUCUGGGAGAGGGCAACGUUUACUGGAGUCCAGCCCAGCUGGCUAAUAUGUCUGCCCAGACGUUCAGAGAGGCCGUGCCUGUGCUGGGAGAGAUACGCAACUUUACUGCAGAGCACCUGGCAGUGCUCCGCGAGAAGGCUAUAGAGGCAUUGGGUGAUGCAUCAAUGCUGAAUCAGACUCAGAUUGUGGAGCUGGGCUGUAUCUGUCAGGGUUUUAACACUAAAGAUCUCCAAAAGCUCAAUAUCACCUCACUGGACACAUUGGAGCUUCUGUCCAUCUGCAACUGGAACUAUACACAGAAAGUUGCCAUCUGGCAGGGUUUUAUUGAGAGAACUGGAAUAAAAAUGGCUAAACUUGGAGCACUGGAGAUGACGGGUCUGGGCAACUUUAUCUGUGGACUGCAGCCUGACCAGAUCGAUCAGCUCAGUACUGCAGAAUUCAAGGAGGCGGUGGAGGACAUAGGCCACGCCAAAUGUCCUGUGACGGUUCUGGAAUGCCUGAAGAGAAAAGCCAUCUCUGCAUUUGGUGAUCCAAAAAACUGGGGUGAAGCUGAAGCCAGCAUGAUGGGCAACAUAAUUGCUGGUCUGAAUGGCACCGAGCUGGCAAGUCUGAACUCCUCCGUCCUGCCAUUCAUCCGCCAGUCUGCCAUCCCUCUCAUUCUUCCUGAACGUCUGGCUACAAUGUCAGUGAACCAGCUGAAAUCUUUGGGCCCUGACAACGCCGCCAUGGUAACAGAGACCCAGCGGUCAGGGCUGGGAGUGGAGCAGAGGGCGGCUGUGAACGAAUCUUUGGGACUGCCUACAUCUCGCAGUGAAACCAGCACAAGUGCCCCUGUAGCAGUGCCACAAAAAGGAGGUGCACCACAACAGAGCGUGUUGGGAAUUGCAGUGCUUCCUGUUGUGCUGCUGUUGCUGGGAUUUCUUCUCUGAGGAGAACAAGGCUGAAAAGCUCCCUGGGAAUAUUUAUAUCGGAAUUAGCCACUGCCAUAGACCUCACUGCUAAUGUAAUACUAAAUAAUAAAUGUGACAGAUUAUUUGCAAAUAAUUUAAAAUGUAAAAGCACAUGAGUAAAUAUAUUUAUAUUUUUAAGAGCAGCAGAGAAAACACUAUUAUUCCUAAUUGUGUGUGUGUUUGAGGUGCAGUUAGAGCACCUUCAGUGAAGUGCCUAUGAAAAGCAAAUUUAAUACUGCUUGUGAAAAUAGAUGAUAAUUUCUAAGACCUGCGAUGGAAGCAUGAGAGAGAUUUGAAUCUAUUCAAACAAGAAGAAAUAAAGAAAUGCUUGACUG